AUGGAGACCGCUCGCCAUCAGCGAUUCCACGCACGACGGAAAAUGCACUACCUGAAGCACGAGCUGCUGGUUGACCUGGGCUUUACGAACUGGCACACGCUGGAAUUCUGGCGGCUCGUAGCCAUGUUGAUGUUUGCCUGCUGGAUCCGGUUGUACGUCCACUACUUGACGCAGUGGCUCUUUUUGCGAGGCAACCGUGUCCCUGUGUACGACUUCCAGCCACGCUGGACGACGUGCAUUGUCAAGUAUACUUGGCAGACUGUGGCCACGCACAUCGAAAUUGGGUUGCUCUCGUUGGGGGUGCUAGGAAACACGAUGAUGUUCGUUUUCCUAUCUGGGGCUGCAGCUGUAGGCCAGCGCUACGUAGGAGACCUACCAGCGUUUGGCUCCAACUUCGUCGCUUGCGCAGGGAUUGCUACAGUACUGGAUCCGUUCCUGGUGCUUAUAGUCGACAUGCUUUCGCACCACUACGGCUGCUCGCAGCUUAGUGAGUGUGCUGUGUCUUUGACAGCCUCUGGCUGUACCUGCGUCACCGGCGACUGGUUCAAGCUCUAUGUGCGCUUCCAGGCUCAGGAAGGCAGUGGCCUCGUCGGUAUUUUCAUUGUCCUCAUCCUGUACGUUGCGCUCACGUGUCUGUCGCUUGUGGGGCUGUACAUCUACCUGCUCUACAUCCACAUGAACGGCCGGAUGCUCGACGUCUACCGCCGCGUCCACGGCCACGAAGACUCGUUCUUCGUGCCUCAUGACGCAGAGAUAUCGCUCCAGGAGCUGCAGACAGUGUGCGCGCAAGCCACACGCUGGAAAGGUCCGCGCGGCACGCAGCGCAAGGUGUUCGUCCACGAAUACGCACUCUCAGACCCGCUGGACCCGCUGUUCCGCGAGACCAACACGCACAUUGCCGUGUACAACGUCGAGCUCGACGGGAGUCGGGAACUGCACCGCCACUUCCUCAAGAUGCCGGACGGAGCAGUUCUAGAGCUGUUCGGCGAGCUAGGCGCCAGCACUGAUGGCAACUGGAAGAGUGACGCUCCGCAGGGAGCUGCAUCACUUGCGUUGCUGCACAACAUCCUCCAGGACGUACAGCGAGACGACAACUCCUCUUCGAUGACCAGUGCGGCGAUUUUUGAAGGGCUGUAA